GACCUAGGAAACGAAAGGCUCAGAGAAGUCCUGCAUGGGGUUCGGAUUCUAUCUCUCGAACUCGACGAACGAAGCAUCGACAGAGCGAGGCUAGUCUCUAUGAUGCCAAAUUUACGAGCAUUUCGGAUCAAAUUCUCCUACAAGAAUUCUAUUUACGAUUUCAGCCCGCUCUCUUCCUGUCAAGCGCACCUGACCAACCUCGAACUGUCGGGAUUGACUUGGACUUCAUUUCGUCGUCACUUUCCUCCACUAAUACCCCGGAUACAAUCACUUCAGUAUCUAUAUCUGCUUUUAUCGUAUAUGGAAAAGCGUGGGUUUAAUGAGGUAGCCAUACUCAAGAGAUGGAGAGACAUGAAAGCCCUAUAUGAUAGAGAACGGCGGUUUAUGUCCUAUGUUUUUGGGGAAUUUAAGGACCUCAUGAAAACCGAUCUAAAAUUCUUCGAUAUCGAAGGAAUUGAGAUCCGAGAUUCCC